CUUCAACAUCCAUUUAUACCUCUUACUGAUUUGUUUUUUAAUCUAUCUUAAUCUAUUUUAAUAUAUUUGUUUGCAUGGCUUCUCAUUCUUCUUCAACCUCUCCUUCAAGUUCCACUUCUACAUCGGUUAAUCCUUUGACCAUCCGUAAAACACAGCAGCAUGGUGGCUCAUCAGGAGGUUCCACACAAAAAGGAUCAGCUGCGAUAGACGACAAACGUAUAUAUGUCGGCAACCUAGACCCAUCUCUUGACGAAUACAUGGUAUUGAAGCUUUUUUCCCCAUUUGGCAAAAUCACAAAGCUUGACUUCAUGUUUCAUUGGCAUGGCGCCAAGAAGGGUACACCACGAGGAUAUUGCUUUUUAGAAUUCGAGGCUGCUUCUCAGGCUGCAGAUGCAGUCAAGUAUAUGAACCGUAAAAGUAUAAAGAUGCGUCCAUUGAACGUAUCAUUAGCCAACAUGGCACCACCAACAGCAUCAGAUGGGGAAAAAGGUCGUAAACGAACAAUGGAUCCGAAUCGACCCACAGCAUUUUCGUUACUCAAGGCUGGAGGCACAUUGAAGAAUGCAAGCACAGAUGAAAAGAUCAGGGCUAUGGAACGAAAAUUGGCACAAAUGUCAGAACCAGUCAAAGUACCAGUACCUCCAGCACAUGCUUCCUUGCCUCCUAAACCCAGCCAUAAAAGUAAUAGUAAUAGUAGCAAUAAUAGUAAUCAUAACAGCCAUAGUAAUCGGGGCGGGCCUCUCCGUGGUACAGGAUCGGGAGUGUCAUUAGCAAAUAGACGGAAACCAUAUUAGAUUCUUUUUUUCUUUUUCCUUUUUCUUUUUUUUUAUUCUAUAUUUCGUUUCUUGUCUAUAAUUCGUAAUGAGGUGUUGUUAGUUGAUAAAAACCAAUGUUCUAUACUGUG